CCAAGACACUGCAGUAUAUGAAGUCCCUGUGGUAGCCUGGGGCCCUCCGCCAGGUUCCAUCUCCCUUCCUUUUCCUUCCCAUCCCUUCUUCUAAUUCCAUCCGAAGUUCUCCUGCCACCUAUAAUUGGUAGAGACAGCUCGACUCGUACAGCACAUUCGUUCCAUCCUCACCACUCGUUGGGAAUAUAGCAUUUACACGACCUUCGUUUUCCAGAAACCGAUCAUCAUGAGAUACUCAUCCGCAGUCAGCUCGGCCAUCUUCAUUGGUGCUGCCAUUGCUGCCCCGCAGGGCGUCACCGAAGACAUUGCUCCCUCUGGCGGUCCUCCUUCCGGUUGCUCAACUAGCUACGAUGGCACCUUCGAGAUCACAAUCGGCCAGGCACCCUCUGCCAAGAGAGAUCUUGAGGAGCGUGCCACAUGUGGUUCCACUGCAGGCAGCUUGAUUGUGAGCCUCAAGAACGGUAACCUCCUUGAUGCUCAGAAACGCACCGGCUACAUCGCCGCCAACUACCAGUUCCAGUUCGACGGGCCGGCCCAGACUGGCGCCAUCUACACGAGCGGCUUCUCCGUCUGCCAGGACAACUCUCUGGCUCUUGGUUCGAGCAAGACGUGGUACCGCUGCCUGUCUGGAGACUUCUACAACCUGUACGACCGCAACUGGGCGCCUCAGUGCGAGAAGGUCUCCAUCUUGAUCAUGCCUUGCACCGGCAGCGGCGGUGGCGCCGGCUCUGGCGGUAACGUCGUCGGCACUACCAUGGUUCCUACGACUGUCGUUACCCAGCUCGGUGACGGCCAACCCCAGGUUGUCUCGACCAUGGUGCCCAAGCCCAUCACUCAGAUUUCCGAUGGCCAGGUUCAGGCUCCUCCUGGAGCUCCUGUCACUCAGAUCUCGGACGGUCAGGUCCAGGCUCCUUCUCCCAUUGCUACCAAACCCGCGGGACCUCCUGUCUCCCAGAUCUCCGACGGCCAGGUCCAGGCCCCUACCCACGCUCCCGUCACUCAGAUCUCGGACGGUCAGGUUCAGGCCCCUACCGGUGCCCCCGUUACUCAGAUCUCUGAUGGCCAGAUCCAGGCGCCCCCUGGCACUGUUGCUCCUCCUGCCUCGACCACUCGCCCUGCGACCAUCCCCAUCUCUGGCGCCAGCUCCAUGACCGGCUCAUUUGGUGCUUUCCUCUUUGGCCUUGUCGCUACCUUCUUCGCCUUGUAAAUCGAGCAAUCUCGAUCUACAAAGCAACGUCUCUUGUCCCCUCGACAACAUAAUGCCUAUUUCCGGAGGGAUCUGAAUCGGGCACUGUUCUGGUUUUUCAUGAACAGCAUGUUGGUGGGGGUGGGCGGCGGAAAUUGAACCCUACUCCCUCUGGAGGACCAUGAAUGUCUAAUGGAUGAUGUCAGCAUGUGAGAGUCGGUCCGAGAGAGGGACGUGGGCUUCGGCUUGUUGUGCUCCCUGUUCAGGUUGGAACGCGGAGGCGCGGGUGAUAUACACGUUUUUCUGAGCAAAUAUAAGUUGGAAUUUUGGCAUGUGCCCCGGUCUUUGAGUUCGCGCUGGAGUUCAUGCCCGCACCUGUUCGAGAUAUCAUGAGAACGUCAACAGCGUUGAUUGUUAAUGCG